CCUGAAGAAGCCUUUGUUGCUCUCCUGGUUCCUGUUCCUGCUCGUUCUGGUGCUCCUGGUCUCGUGUUGCAUCCUGUCCAGCAGCUCUCUGUCGCUGUGGGAGAGCCUUCCCCUCCAGUACUACCACAGGUUUCUCAACCAAACCAGUCGGGUUAAUCUACCUCCUCUGUAUCGUGUCCAUCCCAAACACGGAGUCAAACCAACGGGAAUCUAUGAAACCACAGAACGCCCUACCGUACCGCCGACCGUGGCCCCUACAGGUGCUCGGUUCCAUCAGGCCUACCCACGCAACUACCACUUCAUCAUGGACAACCAAGAGGUAUGCGACACCGAGACUCCUUUCCUGGUCCUGAUGGUUCCGGUGGCACCGAAAAACGUGGUGGCUCGGGACGCAAUCCGGCAGACGUGGGGCAAAGACAGCGUGGUUCGGGGCCAGGUGGUGCUCACUCUGUUCAUGCUGGGCCUCUCUGGAGGAGCUGAUGUGCAGGAGAAGCUCCGACAGGAGAAUCUCCAGCGCCGUGACUUGAUCCAGAGCGACUUCAUGGACACGUACCUCAAUCUGACCAUCAAAACCAUGGUGAUCAUGGACUGGCUGGCCACUCGCUGCCGGUCGGCCGCAUACGCCAUGAAGGUCGACUCGGACAUGUUCCUGAACGUCGACAACUUGGUGGUCAUGCUGCAGAAGCCGGGCAUCCCCAAGGUUGGCUACCUGACAGGGAUGCUCAUGUGGAACAGGCCAGUCGUCCGUUCAAAGGAUUCCAAGUGGUACGUCCCGAAGGAGAUGUACCCGGAACCCCAAUACCCCACCUACACUCUGGGCAUGGGGUACGUCUUCUCCAACGACCUGCCAGAGAAAUUUGUGGAGGUCUCAAAAUCAAUCAAACCCUUUAACAUAGAGGACGCUUAUAUUGGAAUGUGCAUGAAGAAGCUGGGACUUGCGCCGACGUCUCCGCCAAAUCCCUCCCAGUUCAAGGCCUAUAACCACAGAUAUGAUCGCUGUGAGUACUCCAAGAUCAUCACCUACAUCCUCGGGUCGUCACAGGAGUUGGUGGAAUACUGGAGAGACUUGAAGAAGCCAGGACCACCUUGUUAGGACAAUGACUGCUACAGAUGCACUGAGAAGGUUAGCACAGAAUUCUACUGUACUGGUUUGUAAUUCUCACGCCAUCCUCAGGGUUCAGGUCACCAUGGUCUCAGAACAACUGCACUAUAGAAAUGGUCAAGAGAAGACUUUUGUUUUUUUGGAACUUGUGUGUAUUUAAAACUCCGUUUGUUGGGUUGUAAACAAAAUAAAAAUGAUAAUGAAGGGAAUGUGUGUCCGUGGAAAUGUGCACGAGUGGAAUUAAAGGUGCCCUGAGGAGCUUUUGAACCACUGCUGGUUGUGGUGGAAAAUAAUCCUUUUAACCUCCCUGUGAGAAAUAACCGAGAUGAGAAACAGCCACUAAUAAUAAUCCAGCUGAAUGGAUAGAGCUCUUUCCCCACAGAUGGUUCGGAGGUCUAACAACAAGGAAUAGUGUAACAGAGUAUAUAUGCACAUUAUCUGGUCUGUCCUCCCUUCGGAGAUGUCCUCCUCCUCUGUCUGCGGCUGCAUCCACCAAGACCAGGUUCCAGCCUUGGUAUAGUAUUUUCGUGGGAAGAGGGUUAAGUGG